UGCCGUCUGACAGUCGCUUACAGGAAGGUGGGGGAUAAACGUCGCUCCUACUCUUUGUUUCGUUACCACCAGUCUUUACUCGCUGUUUGACUGCAAGCAACGGAUAGACAGGUUUUUAUACAACACCAGGCUCACUUGGAAGGCUCCGAUGUGGAGAGUGAGUAAGUGACCUCAGUGUGUUGCCAUAGCAGAAGGUGCGCCGCUGUGUUUGGGUGAGGAGUGAGAGGGACCCAGCUUCACCCCAAGGACCUCAGCGACCAUGGCUGCCGUAGUGGGGGAUUUCCAACGCCAUGGGAACUUCUUCGUUCAUUCACGAAACUGAGUAUAAUGGACAAGGCACCGAGGGUCAGACAGCUAUAAUUGUUGCAAAGCUCUAUGGCGGGUGAACAUCAAGCCAUGGCUGCCCUGUGGCUGUGGCUAGCCGUCCUGACGCUGGCCACCACACUCUCCUCUGCCUGCCCCAACUGCUUCAAAAAUUUUAAGAGUACUUAUUGCCCAAUCCCAUUUACACCUGAAGAACAGACGUACUCCUUAAAAUUAUCUAACUAUAAAAAUGCCGAAGAGAGUGCUCUGACCUACCAGUGUCACCACUUAGCUCCACAGAUGUACUUCACCCACCACCAAGGAUGCAAUUUUUCCACAGUUCAAUAUGUGGCAUUCCAGCGAUGUCCGUUACCAAAUGUCUCAUUCAGUGAGAUCUUUACUCAGCUUGGAGCACCCAAAAAGAUUUUGGAAAUGACUUUUAAAAAUAUUGGGACACGAAAAGAUUUGGAACUUAAAACCUGGCACCUGGACGGACUUGUUAAUCUUCAGAUCUUACAAUUAAAGCACAAUUUGUUCACUUCAUUACAUCCAGACGUCCUUAAAGCAACUCCAAACCUGGAACACUUCCUUUUCUCACAAAAUGCUAUGCCUGCACUUCCUGAAGCUUUAUUUGCACAUACACCAAAGCUCAAAACAAUUAAUUUAUUGAAUAAUAAAUUUGAAAGCAUACCUGAAAAUAUAUUUUUUAAUCUUUCAAAUUUGACUGUCUUAAGAUUGUAUGGCAAUAAUCUAAAGGAGAUCAACCCAAAGCUCUUUACUAAUACACCUAUGGUUUCCAAAUUAGAGCUGUCAUUUAAUGGAAUAACCAAUGUGACUUCAGAUACUUUUAAGUAUCUUCCAAAACUACAACAUUUAUUCAUGAAGUUUAAUGAUAUUGAAUCCUUACCACCAGACUUAUUUCACAACUGCCCUGAACUGCAAUCUUUCCAUAUACACUAUAACAAACUUCAAUCCCUUCCUUCAGAGCUUUUCAGUAAGUCAAAGAACAUAAGUGAUUUAGAUUUUGAUAAAAAUGAAAUAAAAGAGAUUCCUGAAGAAUUAUUUCAUGGGCAGGAGAACCUAACGAUUCUAAUGAUGCAACAAAAUGUUCUCAAGAAUAUUCCUGAUGGUGCCUUUAAAGAUCUAACAAACCUUGAGAAACUGUCACUGCAAAAUAACCCUAUCAAGAGUCUGCCACCUGGGAGCUUUGACCACCAGCACAAAAUGAAGAUACUUAACCUGGCAAACACCAGUCUUACUGAUCUGCCUGACAAGAUUUUCAAAAACUGUGAAUCUUUAGUGGAAAUUGACCUUUCAAAUAAUCAUUUGAGUGAAUUGAAGAGUACUGUUUUUCCUCAUCCUGCUACAGCUCUAAGCAUCCUAAAACUCAAUAGAAAUAGUCUUUCUCUCUCACCCAGAACAAGCGAGCCACAAGCACGGCAGAUUCUGGUGGAACAGUUUCCUUUCUCAGACCAAGUCAACUUAACUUAUCUUUUUCUACAGAGCAACAGAAUCCAAAAUAUACCUCAUGCUCUGAGAAACCUGAAGAAGUUGAAGCAUCUGGAUUUGAAGAAUAAUAGCAUUGAAUACUUAGAUUAUUAUGGAUUUUUAUUUAGUUCUGAUACUACUGCUGAUCCAAGUGAUGCUCCUUGGGCAAACCUACAAGAACUGCCACAAGCUUUACCCUCACAAGUCAUUAAAAUUGAAUUAAAAGAUAAUCCUUUGAUUUGUGACUGCAGUCUUUAUAACUUUGCUCUGUGGUUGCAAGGCAAGAUCUCUGAAGGUGAUGUCCAGCUGAAUGUUGUUGAUAAAGCUGAUGUCAAAUGCUCUAUGCCAGAUGACAAAAGUGUCCAGAAAUUUGUUAUGACUGUAGACUUGAGCACACUUGUCUGUAACAGAGAGGAAUGCCCUACAUCCUGCACCUGUAUUACAAGGCCCCAUGACAAUAUGUUCUUUAUGGAAUGUAUUCAGCAAAGAUUACAGGCAAUUCCUCCACUAAAAGCUUAUUUACCACUAGGUAACUAUUCAGUCACCCUUAACUUGAAGAACAACUUUAUCGCCAGUCUGGAAGGUCUUCAGAGUCCUGAGUACUCCAAUGUAGUGAAUCUGACAGUGGCUCACAAUGCCCUCAAAUUCAUCAAUGAAAGUUACUUGCCAAGAAGACUAAAGGCUUUGGAUCUUAGUGGCAAUGCUCUCAUUCAUUCCUCUAAAUCUCUUAUAGCCUUUCUGAAUGUAACCAAUCCCACCUUGAGCCUUAGUGGGAAUCCAUGGGUCUGUGAUUGCCAGCUGUUGGACCUCUACAACUUCUUGAGGGAUCCCCUCAGAAAGAUGGCUGAUUCACAUCCCAUCAUGUGUGACAAUUCUGAGCCUCUCCUGAGCCUGACAGAGGAGCAGCUCUGCCCGACCAUCCAGCAGCCCAUGGUGGUUGUCACUAUUGCUUCCACCACUGUCUUCUUGGUUUUGUUCUUUGUUUUAGGAACUGUAAGUGUGUACAAGUAUCAACAAAACAUCAAGGUAUGGCUCUAUACUCAUCAAAUGUGUCUGUGGAUCAUAGCCAAAGAAGAAGCAGACAAGAAAAAAUAUGAUGCCUUCAUCAGCUACUCUAACCAAGAUGAGGAAUAUGUCAACAAUGUGUUGGUUCCCGGGCUGGAGAGUGGAGAGCCUAAGUACCGCGUGUGCCUCCACUACCGAGACUGGGUGGCUGGAGAUUAUAUCCAGAACCAGAUUAACCAAAGCAUUGAGGACAGCCACAGGACUAUCGUUAUACUGUCUUCCAGCUUCAUAGAAAAUGUUUGGGGACAGAUUGAAUUUAAAACUGCCCAUUCUAAAGCACUUAAAGAAAAAAGCAAGAACAUUAUUGUCAUUGUUUUGGGACAGGUGCCUCCAGCAUCAGAGAUGGAUGAGGAACUCAAGCUGUACCUCUCUACCAGAACAUACCUACAAUCAGAUCAUCCCAGGUUUUGGGAGAACCUACGAUAUGCCAUGCCACACCCACAGGAAUUCUUAUACAAGAAACGAAGAAAGACCAAGAAAAUUGAGGGGCUACAAAUGGUGCAAGCAAAUGGUAAAGCAGGAUCAUAACUGUUGCAACAAGCAACUGUGUUGAGUAUUGCUUAGGAAAUGCCAAAUGAACAAGUGGUGCCUAAUGCGAUACUAAAAGACAUUGUGAAAUGUGAUGCUAAUUGGAAAAAAAAUGACAGUGCUUAUCACAGGACACCAAUAAAUGACACUGGUGUUAAGAAAUUUCUUUACCUGACAAACAAUUCACAAAACUUUCUUGUACUGUAAAAAGUGAGUGCUCAACUCUCGUGCAAUGUAUUAUUAAUACAAAGACAAAUAAUGUUCAAAUGAAUUUUGUAUAAACCAAAACUGUAAAUAUAGUUUUGUAUAAUGCUUUAAUAAAUUUUAUCAAUAUUUUUUAAAA